GGAUGUUGGUAUGGGAUGGGAUGGAAUGCCUCAGAAACCCCUGUGGCUGCGGCGGUGGCUAAGUAGGCUCGGCAAUUACUCUGCGAUAAGUCGGCCUCCCGCCCAAUCUGGUUCCGGCCCUUUUCGCUGACGCUUUUUUUGGCAUUUCUACCCCUCACGUCUUUCCUAUAGUGUUGUCUUACCCCUCACGGAUCUAGUAUAGACAGAAUGCCUUUGCUUCGAUGUUUCAGAUCUGACCGGUGGAUAUCCCUUUGUGGCGCUGCCUCUGGUAUUUUUUCGAUCUGCUUCCGGCUUUCCCCUCACGGGAUGAUUAUCUAUACAACGGGAUUACUUCGGGCUCUGCCCCCAAGUCUCGAACGUCAUCGAAAACGUAUUAAUGUAUAAAUAUAUAAUGAAACUAAUAAAGGGCCAGACCCCCUUCCCCAACACUUAGGUACUGACCAUUCAAACUACCCUCAAUUGUCAUUCAACUGGAGAAACCAAACAGUCGCAAUGUCAAAGCCUACCUUUACCCUGGCCGAAGGCCAGCCCGUUAGAGACCCCUCUGUUAGCACCACGUUGCCUAUCGUUGGCGGUGGUGGUAUCACGACCCUGGGUGACACCCUCCUCCUUGAGACCCUUGCGCACUUUAACCGCGAACGUAUCCCUGAGCGUGUCGUCCACGCUAAGGCUGCAGGAGCAUGGGGAGAAUUCGAGGUCACCCAGGACAACUCAUGGCUCACAUCGGCCAAGUUCCUGAACGGUGUGGGCAAGAAGACUAAGGUGCUCUUCCGUCUCAGUACCACUGGUGGUGAGAAGGGUAGCUCAGACCUUGUCCGUGAUGUGCGUGGUUUCUCCGUCAAGUUCUACACUGAGGAGGGUAACCAUGACAUUGUCGGAAACCACCUGCCGGUUUUCUUCGUCCGUGACCCUAUGCGAUUCCCGGCCGUCAACAGAAGUCACAAGAAGCACCCUAUGACCAACCGAUCCGAUUGGAAUAUGUUCUGGGACUUCCACGUCAACCAGCCAGAGAGUGUCCACACUGUGAUGCAGCUCUUCGGCUCUCGCGGAAUUCCUAGCUCGAUCCGUCGCAUCAACGGUUUCGGUGUCCACACCUUCAAGAUGGUUACGGCCGAUGGCAGGUGGCGCUACGUCAAAUUCCACUUCAAGCCAACUCAGAAGUUCGCCGGUUUCACUGGACAGGAGGCCAACAAGGUGCAGGGAGACAACCUCGAUUACCAUACCGAGGAUCUGUGGAAUGCUAUUGCCCGUGGACAGUACCCUGUCUGGAGACUGUGUGUGCAGGUGAUGGAGCCUGAGCAGGCCGAGAACUUCGGUCGCGCUCUCUUCGAUAUCACCAAAGUCUGGCCUCAGAAGGAGUUCCCUCUGAUCGAACUUGGUCGCAUGACCUUGAACAAGAACCCUGAGAACUGGUUCGCUGAGAUCGAACAAGCCGCAUUCUCACCCUCGAACAUGGUCCCCGGUAUUGCCAUGACUCCUGACCCUAUGCUGCAAGCCCGUAUGUUCGCCUACCCUGACGCCCAGCGAUACCGUCUGGGAGUCAACUACACACAACUUCCUUCCAACCGUCCUGUCUGCCCCGUCUUCGCGCCGUACGAGCGUGACGGUAUGGGAACCAUCACCCGAAACUACGGAGGUGAACCCAGCUACGUGCGCAACUCUCUCGGUUCAGGUGCCCCUGGCCAGAACAUCUCAGCAACGAUGCAACACACCGAGCGUAUCGAACGCAAUGCUUUCCUCGGCCAGAACGAACUUGCCGUCACUGACGAGGACUUCGUUCAGCCACGAGACCUGUGGAACAGAGUCUUCGAUGAGGAUGAGAAGAAUCUGUGGAUCGGAAACGUCGCGGGAACCCUGGAAAGCGUGUACCCUGAGCUCAAGGACGCUGUCAUUGCCAUGUUCGGCAAGGUCGACCCCCAGAUUGCUCAGCGGUUGGCCGCCAAGACGAAGGAGAGCCACCACCUUUAAACGACUAGAGUUCGUCACCAUCCUGUACACCAAUGAUUAAUUAGAAUGGAACAAUGAUGUUUACUACAUAUACUCUAUCGCAUUCAACAAGGACCAAAACGUAG